CUACUAGUACUAGUAGUACUUUGUACUAGUUGUAGAAUAUUUAGGAAAACCCAGUACGAGCACUAGCACUACUCGUUCUCAUGAUGGCAGAGUCUGCCAGUGGAAGUGCUGUACCUGUACAUAACAUCAUGGAGAUGACUAUUUGGGAUCCAACUACAAGCAAGGAUUGGGAUCAACAGAAAGCUACUCAUCAGUGUAUAUUAAGAAUCAAACGAGACAUCAUGAACAUCUAUGCAGAGCCUCCCCCAGGUAUGUGUGUUGUGCCGGAAGAGGACAUCACAAAGGUACAUGCCUUGAUAACAGGUCCAUUUGACACACCCUAUGAAGGAGGUUUCUUCCAUUUCUUGAUCCGGUUCCCACCAGAUUACCCAAUAAGGCCACCGCGUGUUAAGCUGGUCACUACAGGAGAAGGAAAGGUCCGUUUUAAUCCCAAUUUGUAUCGAAAUGGCAAGGUCUGCUUAAGUAUACUUGGAACUUGGACAGGUCCAGCCUGGAGUCCUGCCCAGUCUCUGUCCAGCGUGUUAAUCUCCAUUCAGUCACUCAUGAAUGAGAAUCCCUACCACAAUGAACCUGGUUUUGAGCAGGAACGACAGCCAGGUGACUGUGAGCGUUACAAUGACUGUAUUCGCCAUGAAACCAUUAGAGUAGCUGUUUGUGACAUGUUAGAAAGUGAAAAUCCAUCUAUGCCAAAAACACUCAGAGAGGUGAUGAAGAAGUCUUUUCCUGAAUUUUAUGAGUACUACAUGAGUACAGUGACUGAUAAAUCGCAUCUUACUGGACAAUGCAUGCAGGACCCGUACGGUGAAAGAAGAGGAAAGUUCCAGUAUAAUGCGUUAAAAAUGAGUCUGGAAAAAAUUAAACAGAAGUUGGACGAAGAAGAGUCUUUAAACAAAGCCUCAGAGGCAGACUCCAGUAGUACCUCUGACAAUGAAAUGGACACAUCAUCACCUUGUCCGUCAGAAAAAGUUUCUUGAUAUUUAUAAUUAUGCACUGUAAACUCAGAACAACCAGAAGUCUUUACUAUCCAAAUUGUCUGUGAUGUCUGGGCUGUCAGAAAUGUAGCUCUGCUACAAGGUUCAUUGCCAGAUUCAUUGUCCUGAUUGCUGCAAGUUACCGACUCGAAUGCAUAAUCGUACCUUUCCAGUAGAGCAUUUCAAACUUUUAAGGCAGCAGAAGCAGACUGGUUAAAAAAAUAGUCAUGCCUAAUUGCUCAUAACCCCUGAUGUUUCUACAAUAAGGUAAAGUAAUUUGCCCUUUUAGGCAUUUUGGUUACAAAUUUGUUGCAGUCAAGCAUUUGGAUGAACAAUUAAGGCAAGUGCAACUGCCUUUUUAUAAAUUUGUCCUUUGGGGUUUGUUUUACUGAAAAUGUGAACGAAAUGUGAAGUUUUACCUUUUCUCUGUAGUUUUGGAGGACAUAAUUGCUAAGGAAAGUAAUUCCUGUGAAUUAUGGUUAGUGAUGUUACUUGGUUGGGAAAAAGGGUUAUUGGCCUAGCCCAGCAUCAACUGGCCAGGCUGGACCAACUCAUUGUUUACUGAACUAUCAUGGAAAACUAGUGAGCCAAAUUGCUUUAAAUAGCUAUAUUGCGGUCCUACCCAACUCUCCAUGCAUACGUAUUAUGCAGGAACAGAACAUUGUUCCGUAUGGGCUACUCACAAUGAGAUAAUGAUUGGUAUAACGCAUAUAUGCUCAGUUGCCUGUGCACAUAACUUGUAAUUUUCAACUGUGAGUGAUCAAAGUAUAAUUAUUUGAAAAGAGGAAUGACUCUGAGUAUAGGUUUUCCCGGACAAUUUCGGAAAAUAUGUACAAGAAUUUGUUAAAGAAGCUUUCGCUUUCGUGCGAAAUAGACUGAACGUACCAAAUCCCUGUUUCUAUUUAAGAAAUGAUAAUUCUAUUUCCAUGAAGUUGCAUUCAGUCAUAAAAAAAUCAGCAUACGAAUUGAAAAGAGGAAUGACUCUGAGUAUAGGUUUUCCCGGACAAUUUCGGAAAAUAUGUACAAGAAUUUGUUAAAGAAGCUUUCGCUUUCGUGCGAAAUAGAAUGAACGUUCCAAAUCCCUGUUUCUAUUUAACAAAUGAUAAUUCUAUUUCCAUGAAGUUGCAUUCAGUCGUAAAAAAUCAGCAUACGAAUUCCCGAAUGUGCAAUGC